CGUUUCUUGGCUGUAAUAAACAGGUUCCGCAGUUUCCAGCCGGGCAGAGGGAGCGGUGACACAGGUGGAGCGCUCCGUGGCUAGGUGGCUAGCCGCUAAGGUAGGCGCGGGGAAUGGCUGGAGCGGAGCUGCGGGUCUGAGCAGCGGCGAGUCAGCUCCUGAACCGGGUCAGAGCGGGGCCGUGGAACCAUGCGAUAAACAUCACCAGUAGAGUCAGAUUGGAGUGUCUCUUGUCGACCUGUUGGUCAUGGAGAAGUCGUGGCGGUUGUGGGGUGCACUGGAGCGCUGUUUGGUGACUGUUGGCUCCUGGUCUUGGGGAGCUUGUCGCAUCUCACUGCUGGCACUUAUACUUACCUUCCACCUGUACGGAGGCCUCCUGCUGCUCGGUCUCAUCCUGGCCUCUGUGGCCGGGAUCCUGUACAAGUUCCAGGACGUGCUGCUGUACUUCCCUGAUCAGCCGUCAUCCUCACGGCUGUAUGUCCCUAUGCCCACGGGAAUUCCACAUGAGAACGUAUACGUACGCACUAAAGACGGUGUGAGGCUGAACCUGAUCUUGCUCCGCUACACUGGCGAGAAUCCUGCUUCUGCCCCCACUAUUUUGUAUUUUCACGGUAAUGCAGGAAACAUUGGGCAUCGAGUUCCUAAUGCCCUGCUCAUGCUCGUCAACCUGAAGGCCAACGUAGUUCUGGUGGACUACCGAGGUUAUGGGAAGAGUGACGGAGAACCCAGUGAAGAGGGGCUUUAUCAGGACGCCGAGGCCACCCUGGACUACAUCAUGUCACGACCAGAUAUUGAUAAGACUAAGAUGGUACUGUUUGGGCGUUCGUUGGGUGGCGCCGUGGCCAUAAGGUUGGCCUCAGUCAACCCUCACCGUGUGGCUGCCAUCAUGGUCGAAAACACUUUCUUGAGCAUCCCACACAUGGCAGCGACCCUCUUCUCCUUCUUUCCAAUGCGUUACCUGCCCCUCUGGUGCUACAAGAACAAAUUUCUGUCCUACAGACACGUGGCACUGUGUCGCAUGCCCUCUCUUUUCAUUUCUGGCCUGUCAGACCAGCUCAUUCCCCCCGUCAUGAUGAAGCAGCUGUAUGAGCUGUCGCCCGCACGGACUAAACGCCUCGCCAUCUUUCCAGAGGGCACGCACAACGACACCUGGCAAUGCCAGGGCUACUUUGCAGCUCUGGAGCAGUUCAUGAAGGAACUGUUGAAAAGCCAUGCCCAAGAGGAGACAUCCCAGGGCUCAGCCAGUGUCACCAUCAUCUAGAACAUUGACUGAGCCCACUGGAGCUGCUGUAAUGGAAUGUACAUUUUAAAAAAAAAUGUCUCUCUUCUUCUCUUUCUUUCCUCUCCCCAUUUUUAGCACUUAAUUUGGUGGUAUGAUAUUUACGCUUUCAAGUAUGUGGUUUUUGAUUGGAGCAGGUUGCAUUGUUAAAUGCCUUUGAAACCUUUAUUUUCCCUGUUUUGUUUAAAAUACGAGUGCAUGACCGGCUUCUGUAAUGUAAUGCCCCUUUAGCCUUGUUUUGAUUGCACACACUCAUUCACUCUGACUGUACAGGACUUUUCUUUUAUACUUUAAGGACUUUACCAUCAUUGGUAUACACCAAAUGUCCACUCACUGCAAGUCCUACUGUAUAAUAAAGAUAUUUGCCUAAUAAUGUCAGGCAAAGUGUAAAA